AUGCGGGCACUGUCGAGAAGCUGGGGGAUCAACAUUGUUGUGAUACCAGCCGACUCAUCCCUGGAACCCGAAGCCUUCACUACAUCACAAGCCAAGCAUACAGCUGCCUUGUGGCUGGAGGACAAACAUGUUGACCUGUUGGUGCCUGAGACGGGUACUGCUUACCCAGCAGAGCUGCUUGCGGUACGCUCGGCAGCGUCACUAGGCUUUCGAGCCGGGGGCAAAUCCGUUGCAUCUGUCUGCUCCAAGCCGGCCACGGUUUGGUCUUUCGCACCUGCCCCUUCGUGGAAAGCUCGCAAGUGCACAAAGGCCCGGACUGAGUGGAGUUCACAGUCGUCACAGGCACCCGCCCAGGCUUUGUCUAAGCCUCCCACCGUGUGGUCCGCCAGCUCAAGUGUUCCUGGCAGUGUUGUCGCUGGGCCUCCCGAGCCGCAGUGCAUUGACGACCUAGAUGCAGUGUCUGCCAGUGUUGCGUGCAAGCCACCCACAGAGCGCCAAGUGCAUUACUGGGGGAGGGCAGGGCUUCAGCUUGAUCGCAGUCCAGUUGCCAUUUGCUCCUUGUGUCCGUUCCGGGCCGUUGCCAAGUGUGUGGCUACCCGUCAGGCCAAGCUAUAUGCUCACUACAAGACCCACCAUCCAGGGCAGAUCCCGUCAGGGGUCCCGCACGGGAAGCGCCAGCCAUCCAUCAUCCAGGCGAAGGCCGGCGACAACUGCCAUUGGAGGUGCCCGCUUUGUGAUUUCGGCAUUGCUGCUAGGGAUGCCUUCUCUAAGAGUGCCGAUGCUGUGACUGCUGAUAAGCUUGCCCACAGAUGCGCCGCCCAUCCGAGGGUACCGUGGGCCAGAUUCAAGGCACUCGACCGCAAGAGCACCAUCGACAAAGCUGCUGUCACACGCCGUGGCCGUGAGAGUAUCAAACGCAUCGGUGCUGCCAGGGGAACGCCAUUGGAACACUUUCGGCUCUUUUGUUGGCCAAGGGCCACUCCUUCGAAGGUCUUUGCAGCCAGAGGUGGUCUCAGAUCAUCGUUUGGGUGGCUGUGUCUUGAGUGCAAAACACCAUUUCGACAGCAAAGUGAGGCGCUGUCCCAUGCCAAGCGUGGCCUCUGUGAUCGUGCCACUGCAAAGCGCAAAGCCAAGCGCCGAGUUGAGGCUGUUAAGACCCUCACCAAGGCCCAUGCCAAGCAAACUCCAGAGGGCCCGGUCAAGAAGCGGGAAAGUGUGUCGUCUGUUGAUGCCAUUUGCAAUUUCCUUGCGGCAAACGACGUGCACAUCUGCACCAUUGCUGAGGCUGACAUCAAUGUUGCAUCAGCCCCGGGUUUCCUUCGUGCCUGGAAAGCCCGUGGCUUUUACGCCGCUUUGUCUGUUCCUGAGGACUCCGGCCUGAGUCGAGUUGCCCUGGUCAGCUCCCUGCCUUUUCGACCGUUCCGACUUGCAGAGGGACACCAGGCAGCCGCGUCUGCCCAAAUUUCGGACAUCCUGGCGGCAUGCACUGCGGGCCAAGGACCCUUCGUGGUCGCGGGCGACAUGAACCUCGAACCGGCAGAGGCCGUCCUGGGCGAAGCCCUUGCAGCAGGGGACGCAAGCGGCAAGCGCCGCAUAGAUCACGGAGUUUGCCACUGGUCACUGGCGGCCAGUGCCGUCUGGCACUUGGAGCCGUCGUUCUCAGAUCACCUGUCGGUGGUCUAUGAGCUACCUCUUGACACUCCCCAGUUUAUGACUAUGCCGCCCAGGAGCAAGGUUUGCGAUGCAUCUUCUGACGACCUUGAGCAGUGGCUCGGUGAGGCUGAUUUUGAUCCGUUCUGGUUAGCUUUAGCCACGGGGGAUGUUGAUAAGGGUUGGCAAGAGCUUUCCAAUGUGGCCGAGAACUGCCUGUGUCACACGCGAUCGGGCGCGCUCAGGGCCAUUGCUGCUUCUUUUUCGAAUAAGGCUGCAGGGCCUGACUGCUGGCGUGCAAAGGACGUAGCACGACUGCCCAACCGGUGGUGGCACGCGGCCGCUCAACUGUGGCAGCAUGUGUGGGAUCGGGGCCAAGUGCCAAAGCUUUGGAGGUUCGCCAAGGUCACCUUGAUCCGCAAGCGAGGCGGGCCCAAAACCCGUCCCAUUACUCUCACUCAGGUAAUUUGGCGAGUUGGGACCAAGCACAUUGCACGUGCACUCCGUCCCUGGACCCUCAAAUGGGCUUCUUCCAGCGACCACGGUGGCCUUCCGGGCCGCUCCACUUCGGACGUCUUGUUUCAGCUCCAGGCUGCAAUCAAGCGGGGUGUCAACACUGCAGCAUUGAUGGACGUUGCUGGGUACUUUGAUUCCCUGAAUGUGCCGGCCAUAGGCAGAGUAUUCAAUCGAUUAGGUGCACCGCCCCAGUUGUUGCCACUCCUUGAGUCGUUUUAUUCUGAUGCCAAGCGGCUGCCCGCUAUCGCCAUUAGCGGCGGCAGCCUUAUCUCACUGCUUUCUUCCACCAAUAUCGGUGCACAAAUUUUCAUGGAUGACCGCACCCUCUGGAUUGAGCCCCGGGGCUCCCUUCAGGACCUUGAUGCCGCUCUGCUCGCAAGUGCAGACUUCGACCAGGCUUUCUCGUUACAGCUUGCGGAGGACAAAUGUUUUGUUGCAGCCAAGCAUCAUACGGAGGCCACUCGCCUCCUCGCUGACAAGUGGCACUUUAUGACUUGUGGAUCCCUUGAGCUUUUGGGUGUGUCCUUUGACUUUGAGGGAGCUGGGGCUAUCCCGAAAUUUUCGCUUCGAAAAGCGGUUCUCAGAUUGCGAUUGCUUCGGUGGACGCAGGCUGCAACCACUUCCCGAAUCAUGCUUGUGCGGUCGCUUGUCAUGCCUUGUUUGGCAUGGGCGGCAGGGUUUGCCAGACCGAGUGCCAAGGAUGUCCAAGCCGUGCAGCACGAGGUUCGCUUCUUGUUUAGCUCGGGGUACGGUGGGGAUGUGGCCACGGUUGCCUUUUACGAGUUGCUAGGAUGGGGGUUAGGCGUUGGCAUGCGCAACUUCCUGAGACUGAGAGCCUGCUGGCUCGCACGGGCUGGUGGUUCUCUCGUGACGCCACUGCUUUGUGCAGAAGGGAUGCUGCUGGAGCCUUCAGAACUGUUCACAUCGGCUUUGAAAGUUUUCGCAUCGUUCAGGAUUGGCUUGAAGGGUUCUACCGUCAACAAUACCUCAGCCGUUGCCGAAGAGUGUCCCAGAGCAUGCACAGGGUACUUGAGGAUGGUGUCGCUCGUGGUCUCGAGCUGCCGGCACCUCCGCUUUCGAAUCCGACUGCAAGGCCACAAACGAGUUCUCGCUGACAGAUCGUCGCUUUUCCAUCGUAGAGCGGCCUUUCUUUCAGGUGGCACCACGUGGCACUUCGAGAAAAGUGUGGGGCCUCGCCGUGACCAGCUGCACCUCCGGUGCCUGUGCGGGGCACUGCGACCGAGCCGUGCUCACUUGCUUUGGGUGUGCCCCUCCACUGCCGACCUCAGGAGUGGCCUCGAUGGCCCCAAGCACCGGGGCGAGGAGCGGUUAUUGGCCAAACACCUCGACGAGCCUCCGCUUCCACCGCCCGCUGUGGAUGCUGAGGGGCUGAUUGACGAAGCGGCUGAAGCCAUUCAGACCGAGCUGCAGGAGUCCACGUCCAUUGCGAUUGCGACCGAUGGUUCUGCAAAGGACGGCGUGGCGGCCCAUGCGGUCGUUGUGCAUCGAUGUGCCAAAGCGUUCGCUGGUGGCAACAGUUGUGAAGACCAGUCUUCGUUUCGAGCCGAGCUAUGCGCUCUACUCCUGGCCCUUAAAGCUGUGGUUGUGGCCGCUUCGCGUGGAGCCAGGGGGAGCAUCACGAUAGCUGUUGACUGUUCAGCGGCCCUUCAGGCUCGCUUUUCGUGUCCCUCUCUCCCAUUGUUUUCUGUUCAUUUCCAGCAGCUUUCUGCCGAGAUCCGCUGCUUUGGAAUUGAUCUUCAUUUCAUGUGGGUUCCGGCACACAAUCGCAAGGCGUCAUGGACCCCAACACACUCUUCUUUCAGCGCUGCCUUCUUGAGAUCCUUGAAUGAUGCCGCCGACCGUGCUGCCAAGGACUGUGUCGCUAGGCGGCUCAAAGGGUCUCUUAGAGAAAAAUGGGUGGCCGAGGCUACUCGUGUUAAAGUUUGGGAGGAGGCUGCG